UAAAUUACAAAUUCACUGUAUAUUUGAAUCAUUAGUUUAUUUAUUUGUAAAUUUGAUUAAUUAUUUUCAAGUGAUAUUCAAAUCUCAUUACUGUAUUCACACGUGAUUUCAAUGAUAGCCUAAUAUAAUGCAGUGAUUGUCAUAAUAGUGGCCCUAAUUGUGGAGAUAAUAUCGGAUCACAUUUCUAAUCAAUUGCACCAUUAAUGGGACUCAUUGUGUGACUACCACUUGAUUAUCAUCGCAUCGAUUGUAAUUAUCACCAUAAGGAUCAGUUGACCAUUUGUAGACAUGAAUCGUGUGGAGAAUCGCAAAGUGUUUGCAAUUCAGGCCAAAAAGAAGAGAUCAAAGGCGCCGAAAGGGAAGCAUAAAAAGAGUGGUAAUACUCAGCAAACGGCCGCA